UAAGGGAAAAAGAACAGUAUACACUUGGGGGAGUUUCAGGUUAAAGACAGAAACUAAAAUGGGUGUUUCUCUUGAUCUUUCCUCACCAGCAUUUUCAGGAGUCUUUCUGUUCACAUUGAUGACUUUUUGUCUCAUUCCUGAGCUCACAAUUGCAGGCAUUACCAGACACUACAAGUUUGAUGUCAAACUACAAAAUGUAACACGACUGUGCCACACAAAAAGCAUGGUAACAAUAAAUGGGCAGUUUCCUGGGCCUCGCAUUGUGGCUAGAGAGGGUGACCAGCUUCUUAUCAAAGUGGUUAACCAUGUCCAGAACAACAUCACCAUCCAUUGGCAUGGGAUUCGACAGCUUCAAACAGGGUGGGCCGAUGGACCUGCAUAUGUGACUCAAUGUCCCAUACAAAAUGGCCACAGCUAUGUGUAUAACUUCACCAUUGUUGGCCAGAGAGGUACCCUUUUCUGGCAUGCCCAUAUAUCAUGGCUAAGGUCAACUGUCUAUGGCCCUCUCAUCAUUCUUCCCAAGCGUGGUGUUCCUUACCCAUUUGCCCAACCCUACAAGGAAGUUCCCAUUAUCUUUGGGGAGUGGUGGAAUGCAGAUCCUGAGGCAGUGAUUAACCAAGCCAUGCAAACAGGAGGUGGCCCAAAUGUCUCUGACGCCUAUACUAUCAAUGGACUUCCAGGGCCACUAUAUAACUGCUCUGCUAGAGAUGCAUUCAAAUUGAAGGUGAAGCCCGGAAAGACUUAUCUUCUUCGGUUAAUCAAUGCGGCACUCAAUGACGAGCUCUUUUUCAGCAUUGCAAACCAUACCCUCACAGUUGUUGAAGCUGAUGCUGUUUAUGUUAAACCUUUUGAGACAGACACACUUCUCAUAGCCCCGGGACAGACCACAAAUGUUCUUUUAAAGACCAAACCCCACUUCCCAAACGCCACAUUCUUCAUGACUGCUAGACCAUAUGUUACAGGUCUGGGAACCUUCGACAAUUCCACUGUUGCUGGCAUCUUACAAUACGAAUUUUCAUCCAAAACUCUCUCAACCCCCUCAAUUAAAAAGCUUCCACUCUUCAAACCAAUUCUCCCUCCAUUGAAUGACACUUCCUUUGCUACCAAUUUCACAAACAAACUCCGUAGCUUAGCAAGUGAUCGGUUCCCAGCUAAUGUCCCCCAAAAAGUAGAUAAGCGUUUUUUCUUCACAAUAGGACUUGGAACAACCCCUUGCCAGCAAAACCAGACUUGUCAGGGUCCUAAUGGAACAAGGUUUGCAGCUUCUGUUAAUAAUGUAUCUUUUGCACUCCCAACCACUGCCCUCCUCCAAGCCCACUUCUUCGGGCAGUCGAAUGGAGUCUAUCGUCCUGACUUUCCGAGCAGUCCCAUUUUCCCAUUCAACUAUACCGGCAAUCCACCUAACAACACCAUGGUGAGCAAUGGGACAAAGCUAGUAGUUCUGCCUUUUAACACUAGUGUGGAGCUUAUCAUGCAGGAUACGAGUAUUCUUGGUGCUGAAAGCCACCCUCUUCAUCUCCAUGGCUUUAAUUUCUUUGUUGUUGGGCAAGGUUUUGGGAACUUUGAUCUAAAUAAGGACCCUGCAAACUUCAAUCUUGUGGACCCUGUUGAAAGAAACACUGUAGGUGUGCCUUCAGGGGGUUGGGUUGCUAUCCGGUUUCAGGCAGAUAACCCAGGUGUAUGGUUCAUGCAUUGCCACCUAGAGAUCCACACGAGCUGGGGUUUGAAGAUGGGUUGGUUAGUCUUGGAUGGUAAACUCCCAAAUCAGAAGCUGCUUCCUCCUCCGGCAGAUCUUCCCAAGUGUUGACCUUCGGCUUACUUCUGGAUUCACUGCAACUAGAAAUUGCCCCCACUACUUUUUUCAACCCUUUUUAGAUUUUUGACCCCUCCAUCAUUUCGAUAUUGGCAGAUUGUUCUUCAAUAAUUAUUUUGUUCGUCCAUGUGGAGCUAAGGAUAGAAACAGUGGCCAUUUUUUUCUCUGUUUUUUUUUUUUUUUUUCCUUUUUGACAUUUACAUCUCAAAUGUUAAUGCGAGAAGCCUCAAUAAUAUCAUCAGCCAUUG